GAGAACUUGUCCCGCUGAGCUUGAGGGGACCAGUAGACAAAGGCGUGGGCGGGGCGUAGGCAGCGGCGCGCCGAGCUAGGGCUUGGCCGGGAGCGCGGCAGUGGGGUCAAACACCGCGCGGCGGUUGAGCGGCGGGCGGCUCAGACUGGCGGGUGAGGACUCGGCGAAGGUACGUGCGGGCUGGGUCGGGGCUGGGGGCCGGGCGGGGCAUCCCGGGGCGGAGGAGGCUUUCUCGUCCGUUAGCCAAGGGCCCGCCGGGGCACCCGCCGUGGUUUCGCCUUUACCGGUGAUAUGUGUGAUUUGCGUCGGGUUCUCCCAGCGGAGCGCGAGUUGUCCCCUCUUGGGCUAGGCUCCCGGUGCAGCGCGGAGCACACAGAAGGCGUUCAUUACGUGCUGAAUGAAAAGAUGAAUGAAUGAGCCGAUCACCUUUACCCAGCCCGAUCAGCCCUCGGUUUGAGGGCGUCCAGGCCACUCCCCUCACCCCAGCGCCACAGACCGGGGGAUCUGGACACUCACAGGUAUUUGGCGCCUCCCCUUUCCCGUGGAGGUAGCAGCCCAGGGCGAUUGUGGACAUAUAGGGAUUUUAAAUCAUGUAGUUCCCUGUAGCACCAAUAAUGCCAGAAAAUAAUGCCAGGGGAGGGGGUGGGAGGUGGCAUUUUAGCUGAUGUGGGAUCGCAGGCAGUGAGAACUGGGAGACUGGGGAGGAAGCCUAAAGGACAAGGGAGCAGGGUCCCUCCUACUAACAGUGAUGUUUUCAGGUCUAGGGUGAGAUCUGUACCACUUUGGCUCAUUGAGUCUGGUAAAGAGGUCCACAUGCUUCAGCUCAUCCAUUUGUUCAGCAAGCGGUUACUGAGCGUCUCUUCUGCACCAGGCCUUGCGUGGCUAGGCUGAGGCAUGAGCGCCCGGCUGUGUGGCUGGACCCCAUAGCACCUCCUGGGACAGAGUGCACGCCCACACAUGGUUUGGCCCUGCCGCGACCGGUGACCGGAGCAGUCCGGGCCGCCACCAUGAUGAAGUUGUUGGUGGCCAAAAUCCUUUGCAUGGUGGGCGUGUUCUUCUUCAUGCUGCUUGGCUCCCUGCUCCCCGUAAAGAUCAUCGAGUCAGAUUUUGAGAAGGCCCAUCGCUCGAAAAAGAUCCUCUCACUGUGCAACACCUUUGGAGGCGGGGUCUUUCUGGCCACAUGCUUCAAUGCUUUACUGCCCGCCGUGAGGGAAAAGCUCCAGAAAGUCCUGAGUCUCGGGCACAUCAGCACCGACUACCCCUUGGCUGAGACUAUUGUGCUGAUGGGCUUCUUCAUGACUGUGUUCCUGGAGCAGCUGGUCCUGACCUUCCGCAAGGAGAGGCCGGCCUUCAUCGACCUGGAGACGUUCAACGCCAGCUCAGAUGCCGGCAGUGACUCGGAGUAUGAGAGCCCCUUCAUGGGUGGCCCGCGGGGCCACACGCUCUAUGGGGAGCCCCAUGGGCACAGCCAUGGGCUGAGCGUCCAGGAGCUGUCGCGCUCCAGCCCAAUGCGGCUCCUCAGCCUGGUGUUUGCCCUGUCAGCCCACUCUGUCUUUGAGGGCCUGGCCCUGGGCCUGCAGGAGGAGGGGGAGAAGGUGGUGAGCCUGUUUGUGGGUGUGGCCAUCCAUGAGACGCUGGUGGCUGUGGCCCUGGGCAUCAGCAUGGCCAGGAGCUCCAUGGCCCUGAGGGAUGCGGCCAAGCUGGCCAUUCCCGUGAGCGCCAUGAUCCCCCUGGGCAUCAGCCUGGGCCUGGGCAUUGAGCGCGCCCGGGGAGUGCCAGGCAGCGUGGCUUCUGUGCUGCUGCAGGGCCUGGCGGGUGGCACAUUCCUCUUUGUCACCUUCUUUGAGAUCCUGGCUAAGGAACUGGAGGAGAAGAGUGACCGGCUGCUCAAGGUCCUCUUCCUGGUGCUGGGCUAUGCCGUCCUGGCCGGCAUGGUCUUCCUCAAAUGGUGACCACCCUGCACCCGUCAUGGUUGCCCUACCCCCACUGGACCUGAGUCCCACCAGACACAGGCCGUGGACCCGCCCUGCCAACCCCAGGGGACAAGCUUGGGCCCAGGCUUCGCCUGCGCACAGAGGGGCUGACAGAGACCACGCUGAGCCCCAGAUCUUACACCCUGAACCAUGGGGCACCACUACUCCUUUUUCAGAUACUUCACUUAAAAAGUGUUUACCAAAGCUGUGUGGCCAUGUCGUCCUCGGGCAUAGGGAUCUGGUGACUCAUAGGGGCUGCAGAGACGGGCGUCCAGGUGGGGUCAGGCCCAGGCCCUCCCCACCCCAAAUACGCCCCCGACUGUGGACCAGGAUGGGAGCAGCCAGCUGAGCUGCUGUUGAAAACCCCCAGGCCUUUGUCCUCCUUCCCUUGGCUCCAGUGCCAACACCAUGGCCAUCCUCAGCCUCCCUCAAGCCCUGCAGAAUGUGACUGGUGUGGACCCAGAGUUCGCAGGGGGUCCAAACACUGGUCACAUGCAGCCCUGAACAGUUUCUGAAAGAGUUCCUUCUCGAGGAGGCUCAGAUCCACAGGAGACUGUAAUUCCUGUCAUUCAAGGCUAUGCUUCUGGGGGGAAAGGGGUCCCAAGGACCUUGGAACCACCUCUAAUUCUGUGCUUUCUGGUGGGAGCCCCUCCAUGGGGGCUGGGGCACUGGGCUGGGCUGAGCUUCUUGGUUCCUUAAGGCAAAGGGGGCCCAGAGCCAAGAGUUUGUGGGCAGGUCGGAGGCGGCUUGGCUGUUGGUUCUUGGCCCUGCGUGCCCAGGUCUCCAGGGCAGGGUGGACCCCUGCAGGCCAGGGUCAGGGGUCAUAUGACUCAACUCCCCACACCAGACUCAGAUGAAGCAAGAACACAGGAGACUGAGCCCUAUGGGGCUGGUGCAAACCCUUGGUGCCACUCUGCUCUAUGGCAACAGACCUCUGUUAGCGUAGUUGUAGCAACCAGUGUUUGGUCCCAGGGAUGAGCUGAGCGCCCUUCCUGGGGGACUUCGCUGUGUCUGUCUGGAAGCCUGGAGGUGGGGCCUUGGCUUUCCCAGUUCUCUCCCUUCCUGCCCCCUCACUCAGCCACUUGGCCAUGGGGCCCAAGGGCCUUCCUUGAAUCUGGUUUCCUUCCUGUCUCAGUGCUGCCUGCAGCCCAGAGCCACAUCAGGAAGACUGCUGCCAUAGUGGGGCUGGUUAAGCUCCCCAUGAGGGCAGGCCUCCCCGUGCUGUCGCCUGGGCUCAGCAGGGCCUCUAGCCCAUCACCCCAGCCCCAGGGUGGUUCCAGGUGCAGCUAAUUGCUUGUCCGAGGGGACACCCCAGGCGCUGGCCUGCUGCCUCCAGCUCGGCUACACAAACGCAAAAGCGUACAACCUUGGCCCCUGUCACAGCCUCCUUCAAUGUUGUUAUGAGAACCUUCAGUUCCAAUUUCUUGGUCUCCCAUCCACUGCUUGGAAGUACUGGGCCGAUUUCUAGGAACUUCUGUCUGACUUUUACAAGGACCCACCUCUGAAUCCCCUGUGGCCUGACCCUGUUCCCACACUGGGAAAGGGACCCUGUGGGUGUGGGAACAUCAUCUCCACUUUGUCUUAAACCCAGCGGUGUUGGCAUCCACCUGCCCCCACUUUGCUCGCCUUGGUCCUGGUGGGCAGAAUGCUCUGGAGCCACCAGAUUCCAGAGCUGCCUUCAGCUAGUGGUGUGGCCCAUGGGGUGGGGCUGGGUGGAGUCCCUCACUCCCUACCCCUUCCCCCAUCACCUGAAGCACACACAGCAGUGUCCCCACCCGCCCCCAUCAUCCCCACUCUAAGCCAGCUUGCAGGCCACCUCACCAUUGAGGAAGGGGGACCUCAGUGUCCCUCCUCACCCCUCAAACACUGCCACCCGGGUUCCCAGUCCCCUUGGAUCCCCAGCAUGCCUGCACCUGCCAGCCUCUGUUGGCUAGGCUCUGGCCUCACUCUAGGGUCCCGUGAGCCCCCCAAGAAUGCCCUUGCUGUCUGCUGUGACCAGAGGAGAAAGGGUCAGCUCUGGCAUCUGCUUCCUUAGGCCACAGGGGUGACAGUGUCACGUGGCAGUGUUUUUUUUUUUUUUCUUUUUUUUUAGGGCCGCACCUGUGGCAUAUGAAAGUUCCCAGACUAGGGGAGGAAUCAGAGUUGUAGCCACCAGCCUAUGCCACAGCCACAGCAACACAGGAUCUGAGCUACGUCUGUGACCUGCACCACAGCUCAUGGCAGUGCUGGGUCCUUAACCCACUGAGCGAGGCCAGGAAUUGAACCCACGUCCUUAUGUAUACUAGUCUGGUUCUUAACCUGCGGAACCACAAUAGGACCUCCCAUGUGGCAGGUUUUGAUCGGUUUUCCCCAGUUAGGGCGAGUCAGUGUCUCCACAUUGAGGUAAGAAGAGUGGUCAUCCCAUCUGAUGGAGGCCAGCCUCCCUCCUGAGUUCCCCACCACCCACCCAUGGUGGCCAGCUCAGUGGCUCCAUCCUCCACCCCCCACUCUGACAUGAGAGGAAUCAUGUGGUGACAGGAGCUCUGGCUAAAGGAGACUGCAGGUGGCUCACUGCCUGGGGCUCUGGACCAGUCUGCACACAGAUGUAGCCACCCCGUCACUUGCUCCACAAGGCUCCUCUUGGCCCCGAGCAGGCAGGCUCCUGGUGGCACAAUUAUGGGGUCCCCACGGGGCAGGGCACCAUUCAGAGCCCUGCAAGUGGAAGGGUUGAGCGGGGACUAGGUUCCAAUCCUCAGUGGAAUCUGUUGGAGUGUCACCCUCCACUAGGAAGCCUCCGGCCCAGCCUGUCACCCUCCAUAGUCUGCUCUGAUUGGAGUGGAAUCAGGGCUCACCAUGCAGGCAACAGCUGGAUAGAGUCAACUGGGUUCCCCUCCUUGAUCUGGAGACAAAAGAAAAGAAAAUUAGGAGGCGGCACCUAGGCCUCUCAAGUUGAAUCAACAGUAAUAACAGUGUGUCUUGGCUUC